CCUGUUCCCUACGUUUUCACCCCCCCCCUCCGAUCAUCUCACCUGCAAAUUUAUUGAGGACAUCCACCGCUGCUAGCUGUUGUGACGGUUGGCUUUCGCACCUCUUCCCUUUUCAACCUCCGGUCCUGUUGAAAUGGGCGUCGCAACAAAUCAGCGAUCUCGUCUAAAAUCACGUUCGGUCAAUCACUCUAACCUCUACCCAUCAACAUCAAAUAGUGUUUAUCAUAGUUCUCGAAGUCAAAAUCCCUUCCACCCGCGCCCUUCUAAUAGAUUCCCCAACAUGCCCGCAUUAUCGGAUCCCAAAACUACGUCCGCAGCUGGUCAAGGUCUACUGAUCGGUUUGCUCUCGGCUUUUGGAUCAGCGGCCUUGGUAGGAAUAAUCAUCGUCAUCAUCUAUCUUUUUCGGAACACAUCACGGGGAAGGAUAUGGUUGGAUAGGAUAGGGAGGCCUGGAGAGUAUGAUGAUGAACAGGCUCUGGCAAGGGAGGAGGCGGAAACUUUGGAACAGAUGGACGAGAUUUCGAGACAAGAGUACUUGAGAGCGAAGGCGUUUAUCGAAGCAAACCCUCCUGAUUCUGUUCCAACCGACAUAUCCCUAUCGCAGUUCUUGGCGAUUCAAGAGAAAGGUGUUUCGGCGUGGGAAUUUGAGGCCGAGCUAGAGAUUGCCAACUGCUUUGUGGAAGCGCGGACAGAGAUUGAAUUUUACGAUUCGGUUUGUUCGGUCCAAAGUAACCUCCCCGUUCCAAAACAGAACGAAGUCUACUACUGGGAAGCGAAACUUUACGAAAAGCCGGAGAAUACUUUGCUAAGUAUUGGUAUGUCGACCAAACCUUAUCCAAUGUUCCGGUUGCCAGGUUGGCAUAAGCACUCAAUCGCGUACACCUCCUCUGGCCAGCGACGACACAACCAACCGUUCCACGGCACACCAUAUGCUCCUUCGUAUCACCAAGGCGAUGUUAUUGGUGUUGGUUACCGCCCAAGGACCGGAACAAUAUUUUUCACCCGGAAUGGCAAGAAGCUUGAAGAUGUUGCUCACGGACUGAAAUCCCUCAACUUAUUUCCAACUGUCGGCGCCAAUGGCCCUUGCACUGUUCAUGUAAAUUUUGGUCAAUUAGGCUUUGUGUUCAUCGAAGCAAACGUGAAGAAGUGGGGGCUUGCACCAACCACCGGAAGCUUGGCGCCUCCACCGCCUUAUGGAAGCGAGCAAGGAAGUAUCUUGUUGGAAACUGGGCAGAGAGGACAAAGCCCUAGUGGAUAUUUUGAAUCACAGGCUCCACAUCAGCAUGGACGGGGACGUAGCGGAAGUACUUUGCAGACCGGUCUUGCGAAUUCUGGCAGAGCAGGCUCAUCUGCAGUCAGUCCCACAUCGCUGGGACCGGAAAGAAGCCCAACGGAUAUCUCAUUGGCCAAUAUCAAUGUUUCCCCAUCGACCCAUACUGGAGGAAACAUUGUUCGGCAAAACAGCCCCCCACCCGAUUAUACCAGCCAAUCGUCGAUGGGGAGCAGUAGUAGUGAGGAUGAUGAUGACAGUGAUGAGGGAAGCAGAAGAAGGUUGGAAAGGGGUGUGGAAAGGGAACGGCUCUUGCGACGAAGUCCUACGCCAGCGUAUAGGGACGUGGUUUCGGACUUUCCUCCUUGGGCAGCUGGAGGGAGAAGCAGGAGUGGCAGUGCCCCGGCUGGCCCUAGCGGGAGUGGGAGGAGGUUCUAGGGAGGGGGGAAAAAUGGCAAAGAAGGAGGAAGAGAGUAGGUGCUCACCACAAUAUUUGGAUGAAGACCUUGGUUGGCCUCAUUACCCAAAAGCAUGACUUGGACUUUUUUUUCUUUCCUUUUCUCUAUUUUUAUGUCUUUCUCUUUUUUUAUACUCUAGGUGCUGGGUUGAUGUUCAUGAAAAAUAAUUUUCACUUUUUUGUUGUCUUUACUCUCUCGGGGAUCUCAUAUUUUCUUUUCAUUCUUGCUUUUUUGCUUGGGACCGGUUUUUCUAAAGCGCAUUUAGUGUGGCUAAAGGAUGUUUGGAGGGUACAUUCUGGUUGGGUAGGCUGCUGUUAACAGGUGAGCAGAUGAGGGAUGUGUGUGCACACCGGUGAGUGAGGGGUGGGGGGAAUCAAGC